AUGAGCGAUCAGGAAGUAAUUUAUUUAACCCCUGCAUUUCUUCAGGGUCCUUCAGAGCCACAAAAUACAUUAAGGCCUGGUGGUACUCAAAGGCCUGGGAAAACUGAUGGCAAAGAGUUUUCAGUACCCUGGCGUCUCAUUGCAGUGGCUCUUGGGAUCCUCUGUUUACUUCUAAUCAUGACAAUCAUAGUGUUGGGAACAAUGUUUUUUCAGUAUAAUCAAGAAAAACAUCAACAAGAUGAAAUUCUACAAAACCUCAAACAGAAGUACCACAUUUUGCAAAAUGACAACUACUUAACAAAGCAACUUUUGGCAAAUAAGACUCUAGAGUCUGACAUUCUCAAAAAUAAAGCAGUUCAGUGGGGAAAGAAUCCGGUCUCACCAUUAAUAGAAGAGAAGAUAUGUCAUAGAAAAAAGAAAAUCUCUUCAAAAUCUUUGCAAAAUACAGGCGAACUCAAUGAAGAACUCUGGUCCUGUUGUGGAGUAAACUGUUAUAUUUUUACCACUGAAAAUAAAAACUGGAAAGAAUGUAAAGAGACUUGCCAAAAUAAAGGAUUAUCUCUUUUGAAGAUAGACGAUGAAGAUGAACUGUCCUUCCUUCAAUCUCAGACUUACAAAAGUAACCACUGGAUUGGAAUGUCAUUUAAUCAACAGAAAAGUAAAUGGGAGUGGAUUGACAAAGGCACACCUGGAAUUAAUAUUUCAAUAACAAGUUUCAGGAGAGGAGAAUGUGUAUUUUUAGCCUCAACGAGAAUAGCAAGUAUUGAUUGUUCUAAAACCUACAAUUGUAUCUGUGAGAAGAACAUUGUCUCCCUCCUUAAUGAAUAUACUCAAAGGAAAAGGUAA